AUGUCACCAGUUGCUCCGCCAGCCCAGGCGGUCAUCCGCCGCAGCGCAGCAUCACCCGAGGCGGGGAAUGAGGAGACGGGUUUGACUCAGCGCUUGAACCAACAAAGGGCGCUCGACUUUCAGCAGUGGUUGUUGCAGGCACUUAAUUCUCUGCCCCUUACGAUAUCUCAGCCUACUAACCCCAGCUUAUUGCCUCAAUUCCGCUCUGAAUGGAACCUGCCACCACCUAGAAGCGGUCCCCGCAUCAUCGAAUUGCCAGAUAUUCCUCCUACUCCUAUUUCUCCACUGAGAGCUACGGCAUCAAGGCUUGCACGGCGACACUCGGCCGACUCUUCCUCCACGGGGAGCUUAUUACCUUUGCCACCUCGAGGCAAGAGUCAAGAUGAACUAGAGCGAGACGCAUAUGAUCACUUCAUUGCCGAUGUCAAGCGGCUCCUAGACCCCUUGAUAAGUGAGGAAGAGGGGUUGUCGAAAAGAAACUCGACAAUUUACAAUGAAGGAUCUGUUUUCCUAUGCUGGGGUAGCGCCACGAAUUGCCGAGUCCUCAGCGUCAAGCACUUUCAACGAGAUAUGGACCACGAGCUGUUCUGA